UUUUUUUUACACUUCUCUAAAUCAAAACCAAAAUUAUCAGAAAAAAAAAAAAAACAAAAAUGUCUCUCUCCAACAACCGCGCCCUAGCCAUCCUCAACCACGCAGCGGCAAACCACUACGGAGUCCCCGCCAUGUGCUGCUACAACAUAGAGGGAAUCCUAGCCACGGUGCGCGCGGCCGAAGCCAAGCGGUCGCCGGCCAUGAUCCUGCUGUUCCCCUGGGCGGUGGAAUACGCGGACGGAAUCCUCGUGCACGCGGCAGCGGAAGCCGCGCGGAAAGCGGGCGUGCCCAUCACCGUCCACCUGGACCACGCGCAGAGCGCGGCGAUGAUCCGGCGGGCGGCGGACCUGGGCGGGUUCGACAGCAUCAUGGUGGACAUGUCGCACUACGCGAAGGCGCAGAACCUGGCGCAGACGGCGGAACUGGUGGGGUACUGCCAUGCGCGGGGGAUCGCGACCGAGGCCGAGCCCGGGCGCAUCGAGGGCGGCGAGGACGGCGUGGCGGAUCCGCUGGCGCUGGCGCUGGAGGGCCUGCUGACGUCGCCCGAGGAGAGCGAGGAGUUUGUGGCCACGGGGAUUGACUGGCUGGCGCCGGCGUUUGGGAAUGUGCAUGGGGAGUAUGGGCCGCGCGGCAUCCAGCUGGAGUAUGAGCGGUUGCGGCGGAUUCAUGCGCGGGUGGGCGAUCGCGUGCGGCUGGUCUUGCAUGGCGCGGACCCCUUCAGCCAGGAGAUUUUCCAGAAGUGUAUUGAUUGCGGGGUGGCCAAGGUGAAUAUCAACAAGGUGUUGAAUAAUGAGUAUGUUCGGGUGCAGCGGGAGAAGGCCGGCAGGGUACCGCUGACGGCGCUGUUGGAGGAGGCAACGGAUGAGAUGCAGAAGGCUGUGGAGAGGUGUAUGGAUAUGUUGGGGUCUACGGGGAGGUAUUAAUGAAUGUAUCCCGAUGUCAUGACUCCAUACAUUCAAGAUAAGCUAGAUAGAUCAUCCAAGACUCGCAUUACUCAGGAUACACCUGCUUUCUGGUUGCACCCAAAAAAAAAAAAAACCAUAGUCUGGACUGUGGGGGAAUCGCAUGCGAAGCGGACGCACUACCACUGUGCAAACAGCCCAGAGCGCGUCG